AAAACAAGCAAUGGCGUCCUCUGCAACUCUCUCCUUGCUCUGCUCCUCCUUCGCCUCCCAUUGCAAAAUCUCAUCUCCCUCUCUCAACUUCUCCAAUCUCACCUCUCUCUCCCUCUCCUCUUCUUCUUCUUCUUCUCCUUCUUCGCACAAGCUGCUCUCCUCCUCUCCGCGACUCGCAUUCCCUCUCCUCCCAAAGUCGUCGGAGAUCGACUCCGCCGUCCUCGAAGCCGAGCUUCAAGCUCCCGAGCCUGUUGCUUCGGAGUCCGCCACCGCCGCCGCCUCGGAAGAAACCCCAAAACGCGAGGAGAUUUUCGCUGUUGUUAUGAUUGGAGGGCGGCAGUACAUUGUUAUACCUGGACGUUAUAUCUAUACACAGCGGCUCAAAGGUGCUAAGGUCAAUGAUAAGGUUGUUCUGAACAAGGUGCUGCUUGUGGGAACAAAAACAACUACCUACAUUGGAAAACCAUUAGUGACAAAUGCUGCUAUACAUGCUGUAGUCGAAGAGCAAGGACUGAAUGACAAAGUGGUUGUCUUCAAGUAUAAGAAGAAGAAAAAUUAUAGGAGAAACAUUGGUCACCGACAGCCAAAUUCACGUAUAAGGAUAACAGCUAUCACUGGCUAUCAAGACUAUCCAGCAGUUACCCUUGAAUCAUAGGGGUUCUUGAGUAAGGUGUAGGAUCCCGAGUACUUUUAUGUCUCGAUGUAUUUCUCAUUUUUGUAUGUACUUGUAAGGUGGUGUAUGGAAAGAAUAUGCUUGUAGCUUAAUUGUAUCAUCAUUUGAUUCAUUUCAGUUCCAAUUAUAUUACAUUUCACUUCGUUACAAAAAUAAUUUGCUGAAUCACAAUUUAUGAUUGGCCG